GCGGCGCCGGGCGGACGGGCGAGCGGGCGGACCGGGGCGGACGGGCGGCCGCCGGGCGGGGACCGGGCCGGGCGGCGGAGCGGGCGGGCGGGCGCGGCGGUUCCGGCCCAGCCAUGGCGGACGAGGCCCCGCGGAAGGGCAGCUUCUCGGCGCUCGUGGGCCGCACCAACGGCCUCACCAAGCCCGCGGCGCUGGCCCCCGGCCCCGCCAAGCCGGGCGGUGCGGGCGGCUCCAAGAAGCUGGUCAUCAAGAACUUCCGAGACAGACCCAGGCUGCCGGACAACUACACGCAGGACACGUGGCAGAAGCUCCGCGAGGCCGUGCGCGCCAUCCAGAGCAGCACGUCCAUCAGGUACAACCUCGAGGAGCUCUACCAGGCUGUGGAAAACCUCUGUUCUCACAGAGUCUCCCCGACGCUCUACAAGCAGCUGCGCCAGGUCUGCGAGGACCACGUCCAGGCCCAGAUCCUCCAGUUCAGAGAAGACUCGCUGGACAGCGUCCUGUUUCUGAAGAAGAUGAACGCGUGCUGGCAGGACCACUGCAGGCAGACGAUCAUGAUCCGGAGCAUCUUCCUGUUCCUGGACCGCACGUACGUGCUGCAGAACUCCAUGCUGCCCUCCGUCUGGGACAUGGGCCUAGAGCUGUUUAGGAACCAUAUCAUCAGCGAUAAGACGGUUCAGAGCAAGACCAUCGACGGGAUUCUGCUGUUGAUCGAGCGCGAGAGGAGCGGGGAGGCCGUGGACCGGAGCCUGCUGCGCAGCCUGCUGAGCAUGCUGUCCGACCUGCAGGUAUACAAAGAUUCCUUCGAACUGAAAUUUUUGGAAGAGACUAACUGUUUGUACGCUGCGGAAGGCCAGAGACUCAUGCAGGAGAGAGAGGUUCCAGAAUAUCUGAACCACGUAAGUAAACGUCUGGAAGAAGAAGGCGACCGAGUGAUCACGUACCUGGACCACAGCACACAGAAGCCGCUGAUCGCUUGUGUGGAGAAGCAGUUACUGGGGGAGCAUUUAACAGCGAUUCUGCAGAAAGGGCUGGACCACCUGCUGGACGAGAACAGAGUGCCGGACCUCACGCAGAUGUACCAGCUGUUCAGCCGCGUCAAGGGCGGGCAGCAGGCGCUGCUGCGGCACUGGAGCGAGUACAUCAAGACUUUUGGGACGACGAUUGUCAUCAACCCUGAGAAAGAUAAAGACAUGGUCCAAGACCUGCUGGACUUCAAGGACAAGGUGGACCACGUGAUAGAGGUGUGCUUCCAGAAGAACGAGCGCUUUGUCAACCUGAUGAAGGAGUCCUUUGAGACGUUUAUCAACAAAAGGCCCAACAAGCCGGCAGAGCUCAUUGCGAAGCACGUGGACUCCAAGCUACGUGCGGGCAACAAAGAGGCCACCGACGAGGAGCUGGAGAGGACCCUGGACAAGAUCAUGAUACUGUUCAGGUUCAUCCACGGUAAAGAUGUCUUCGAAGCCUUUUAUAAAAAGGAUUUGGCAAAAAGACUCCUUGUUGGGAAAAGUGCCUCAGUGGACGCUGAGAAGUCCAUGCUGUCGAAGCUCAAGCACGAGUGCGGCGCGGCCUUCACCAGCAAGCUGGAGGGCAUGUUCAAGGACAUGGAGCUCUCCAAGGACAUCAUGGUCCACUUCAAGCAGCACGUGCAGAAUCAGAGUGACCCGGCCCCGAUUGACCUCACCGUGAACAUCCUCACCAUGGGCUACUGGCCGACGUACACGCCCAUGGACGUGCACCUGACCCCAGAAAUGAUCAAACUCCAGGAAGUAUUCAAGACGUUUUAUCUCGGAAAGCACAGCGGCCGGAAGCUGCAGUGGCAGACCACUCUGGGGCACGCUGUGUUAAAAGCGGAGUUUAAGGAAGGGAAGAAGGAGCUCCAGGUGUCCCUCUUCCAGACGCUGGUGCUGCUCAUGUUCAACGAGGAGGACGAGUUCAGCCUCGAGGAAAUCAAACUGGCCACCGGCAUAGAGGACAGCGAGCUGCGCAGGACGCUGCAGUCCCUGGCCUGCGGCAAGGCGCGCGUGCUGACCAAGAGCCCCAAGGGCAAGGAGGUGGAGGAUGGAGACAAGUUCGUCUUUAACGGAGACUUCAAGCACAAGCUGUUUAGAAUAAAGAUCAACCAGAUUCAGAUGAAGGAAACCGUUGAGGAACAAGUGAGCACCACUGAGAGAGUCUUUCAGGACAGACAGUAUCAGAUUGACGCUGCUAUAGUCAGAAUAAUGAAGAUGAGAAAGACUCUUGGCCAUAACCUGCUAGUUUCUGAAUUGUAUAACCAGCUAAAGUUUCCAGUAAAGCCUGGAGAUUUGAAAAAGAGAAUCGAAUCUCUCAUAGACAGAGACUAUAUGGAGCGAGACAAAGACAACCCAAACCAGUACCACUACGUGGCCUGACGGGUCGCGGCCUGUCCCCUUCCGUGACGCUCCAGAAUGUAUCUCAGAGCGGCGAAGCACGUCUGCGUUUCCGGGACUCUCGUGCUGAACCAGCCAUGGGCACUUGUGGACCAGGAAAGGAGAGGAAUCCUGGACCACCCUCCACAAGGCUCGAGGACUGUCACACGGCAAACGUAUCCUUUCCCCUCUAGCUCUGUUAGGCGUUUAAAUUGUUUCUCUUGCUCUGCGCAGAACAACGUUGAGAUUGGACAAGAAGAUACUGGUUAAAACGAGUCCUUUAUAAGGUCUCGUUCUUGUGGCAAACAGCUGAAAGUUUGGUUUGCUUUUGUGUUCAUGAAUGCACAGUGAAAAAGACCCUAAAUGCUGCAUUAUUCCGCUGUAAAGAGUGCUUAGGUAUUCUGAAGACAAGCUUUCUAGGUUGGCGGACAUGUAGAGUGAAAACAGGAACCCUUCGUUGGUGAGCGUUAAGAAUAAACAGUGUUCAAAAGUGGCCAAUCGAUUAUGCGGCCUAAACACUGGCACCUCUGUGUUUCAUGUAUUUUCAAAAAGUUUUAAACUUCGGUGACUGAUUUUUGAUAAAUCAGGUUUCUAAGUGAGACCCCCCAGUCGCGCCAGGCGGACGCCAUCCGGGGCGUGUGGUGCAGUGAGCCCAGAGCUUCUGUGUUUCAUUUCAGCUAAGUUAGUCGUGAGUUUUCUGUUCAAGGGUUUGGGGGGUUAGUGUGUUUGUGUUUCCAUUCUAAGAUUGAGUCUGGCAGUCCCUGUUUUUUGCAUUGGGAUAACUGCUGUUUGAUUUUUUUAAAUUGCAGUAUUUGUGUGAUUGCUAUGCUAGAGCUUGGUUUGGUUUUUACGGCCACGCGCAGGGAGGGUCCGGGAUCUCUGCUGCACCACUGUAAAAAGUUUUAUGGAGACAAAGUCUUGAUGUUGGAAACAGAGGUUAUUUUGUUGAGAGAUUAAAAGGGUUGUGUUGGUGUACCUGGUUUCAUGUUGUGCACAUAUUCGUGAGGUUGAACAGCGGGUUGGAAGCUCCGUGGUGAUGUUAGUAUGGUAACUAUGACAAAGAUACUUUUGUGAUAACAUUUAAAAGUACUUUAUAUUUACAUAAGCAUGUUUCAUUUUGAUUGAAAAGCUACCAAAGGAAUUUUGAUCAUGGUAUAAAGAGUUUAAAGCAAUAUUUUCUGGAAUAUACCGAGUUUAUAUGAUUUGAUUUUAUGCUAAAUUAUUAAAAGAUCCUCUCUUUUUGAAACAUGCAUGUUUAAGAUACGACACCUUUAUGGAUUCCCAUAUUAAACCCUCACUCUUUAAUUAUCAGCAUUUCUAUAUUUGUGGGUUUUCUUUGAGUUCUAUGAUAUGUGGUCUAUCAAAGACCAAAUAGAUUUCUAUUUCUGCUCCUUAUAUUUUAAGUUCAUUGUGUCUAGAGAUUGUUAAUAUUGUAAUUUAAUGUAGACUUACUUUAAAUAAAAUUAGUUUAAUUGGCCUUAAAAUCACAUUAAUAAAACUUUGUGAUAUGCAAA